AUGGCCUCCUACGAAAAAUCAGUUUAUGAAUCCGGGGCCUGCCCCCGCCCGCCAGCCGACCGCCCAAAGCUCACUCUACCUUCAAACCCCUCCAGCGUGGCGACCUCGUUCGGCCAAAUGGGCUUGAACUCUCCAAGCACGCCCGGACCGGCCAAUCUCUCCCUGUUCCCCAAUACGAGCACCCCUACGCUCACGCGCACCAAGACCGAGCAGUCGGCUGGGGGAGGUGUCGCCGUCAUCAAAGAGGGGUAUGUUCGCUGCAAGGAAGACAAGUUCCUGGCCACCUGGAACCAACGAUACCUAAUCCUACGUGAAUUCCGCCUGGAUUUUCUGAAAAACGAGACCGGCAAGAUUGUGCUUUCUAUACCGCUGACCGCGGUGACCGGUGUCUCUCGUUCGGAGGAUACUCGGAUGGCGUUCGAGAUCAUUCGUCUCGCUAACCCGAAGGAUGUGACCUCCAAAGCCGCCGUGAUCACCCGCGAUGUCCCCACCAAGAGUAUCACCUGCGAAGUCAAAAGCGACGACGAGAUCUACGACUGGAUUGACAAGAUCUACGAACGCUGCCCCGGUAUGGGAGGGGUGAGUAACCCCACGAACUUCAGCCAUCGCGUGCAUGUCGGAUUCGACCCGCGCACAGGCGCCUUCGUGGGUCUGCCACCGGAGUGGGAGAAGCUCUUAACUGCGUCCGCCAUCACCAAGGAAGACUACAAAAAGAACCCCCAGGCGGUCAUCGAAGUCCUGGAAUUCUACUCCGACAUCAAGAUGCGUGAACAGAACCCGCAGUAUUACGCUGGCCUGGCCUCGCCGCCCAACCAGCAACCCAAGCCCUUCAGCGGCAAUUCUGUGGGAAGUUCGAUCGCGCCCCCGAGACCACCGCCCCCAGGUCCCGCGCAACGUCUGGACAGCAGUAGUGGUCGCUCGGCCACCUCGUCGCCGGCGCAGUCCCAUGCCAAGCCGGACUUCGAUCGUGCCUUGGAGCAACAGCAUCAGUUGGAAAGAAUGAACGAGCUGGCGGACCAAGAACGUCGUCGCGUGGAAGAAGAAUCUCGUCGCGCCCGUCAGCGGGACGAGGAGCAGAGCCGAGUUGACCAGGAGGCGUACAACGCGUCACUGCCCAAGACUCGCGUCCCGAUGGCUAAGCAGGAGCUCGGUGGUUACAGCGGAGCAUCGGAUGACCGCUACAAGCCGAGCCGCCCGGCCCCGCAGGCCCCGGGUUCGUCCCGUCAAGACCCUUCGCGUCAACUCACUGCACAGCGCCCUGCGCCGUCUCCCCCAACCGCUGGACAGCGACCAGGAGACUACGCCAAUGGCUCCACCAGGGCGCGGGGUGACGAGCAGUCUUCACCGAGCUCCCGCUACCCACCUCAGGGCCAAUCUCCCGCGGCGCGGGCUCAAAACAGUGGAUCCAAAGCGCAGCCGGCUCAGGGUCCGCCCCCCAGCAAGCUGCCUGCUCCAGUCCAGCCCGUGAAGCCCCUCAAUAUCGCGAACAAGCAGGCAACCAGCAAGGCCAAUGUUCCUGAUGGUGUUCGCCAGGCCGAGGCCGCGCUCUCGAAGAAGGCGGAGCCACGGCAGAGGGAGGUGCGCAUGUCAAACAUGAGUGAGAAUGAGGUCAUGGAUCGGCUGAGGUCUGUUGUCUCCAAAGAUAACCCAGCGGAGUCCUAUAGCAAGCAGCGCAAGAUCGGACAAGGUGCCUCUGGAUCCGUCUAUGUGGCACGAGUGAAGGAGCAUGCCACGUCCCAUGUCGCACGUGAGCUUUACCGGCAAUAUGGUCCACGAACUCAAGUGGCAAUCAAACAGAUGGAUUUGCGUAGCCAGCCACGAAAGGAGCUCAUUGUCAACGAGAUCAUUGUCAUGAAGGACAGCCAACACGCCAACAUUGUCAAUUUCCUGGACUCGUUCCUGCAGGAGCAGAGCAAUGAGCUGUGGGUCGUAAUGGAAUUCAUGGAGGGAGGUGCUCUCACGGAUGUCAUCGACAACAACCCGGUGAUCCAGGAAGACCAGAUUGCCACGAUCUGUUUGGAGACCUGCAGGGGACUGGCUCAUCUGCACGACCAGAACAUUAUCCAUCGUGAUAUCAAGAGUGACAAUGUCCUUCUGGACCGGGCGGGUCACGUCAAGAUUACCGAUUUCGGAUUUUGCGCCAAGCUUACCGAGUCGAAGAGCAAGCGCGCCACCAUGGUCGGUACUCCGUACUGGAUGGCGCCCGAAGUGGUGAAGCAGAAGGAGUACGGCCCCAAGGUAGAUUGCUGGUCAUUGGGUAUCAUGGCUAUCGAGAUGAUCGAAUCGGAGCCUCCUUAUUUGAACGAAGAGCCCCUCAAAGCCCUGUAUCUUAUCGCGACCAACGGCACUCCUCGCCUCAAGAAGCCGGAGAAGCUGAGCAAGGAACUAAAAUCCUUCUUGAGUGUCUGUCUAUGUGUUUCCGUGCCCAACCGUGCCACCGCUGAUGAACUGCUGGCCCACGACUUCCUCAAGCUGGGCUGCAGCCUUGCGAGCCUGGCAGAGCUGCUUCGUUGGAAGAAGAACAGCGGACAGUGACUAGCCAUCGCGGGGGGUGCGUGCGUUGGUCCUCAUUGAUCGCGACACGUCACUCGCCUUCCGUACUCUUUCACUCUCAUGAUUUACACCAGAUCUUGUUCUCACGCACAUAUGGGUCACAUUUACGC